AAGACCCCGAGUUUGUCACUAAAUCUCAUCACCAGAUGCUAUGCUCACUUCUUGGAAGCGAAGAGGCUGCACAUGAUUCAAUGGUAUACAGCUACCGACAUGGUUUCUCGGGUUUUGCAGCAAAGCUUACAGAGUAUGAGGCAGAGCAAAUCUCGGAAUUACCGGAGGUAGUUCAUGUCGUGCUGGAUCAGUUCUACCAACUGACAACAACCAGAACUUGGGAUUACUUGGGACUUUCUCCCAAACAUCCUAAGAAUCUCCUCUAUGAAACCAACAUGGGAAACCAAGUCAUCGCCGGUGUGAUUGAUUCAGGAAUAUGGCCCGAGUCUGAAUCGCUAAACGAUAAAGGGAUGGGAUCGAUACCGAGCCGUUGGAAAGGAGGAUGUGAAUCAGGACAAAUGUUCAACCCUUCAACUCACUGCAACAGAAAGCUGAUAGGAGCUAAGUUCUUCAUCGACGGAUUCAUAGCCUCUAAUGGAGACCUGAACACCACGGAGAAUCCCGAGUACGUUUCCCCGAAAGAUUUUGACGGCCAUGGGACUCAUGUUGCAACGACGAUAGCCGGUUCUUUCGUACCUAACGUAACCUAUCUAGGUUUUGCCGGAGGGAUCAUAAGAGGCGGUGCUCCACUUGCUCAUAUCGCAAUGUACAAGGCUUGUUGGCAUGUGACUGCGAUUGGAACUGCAACAUGUUCAUCUGCUGACAUGUUGAAAGCAAUAGAUGAAGCUAUAAAAGAUGGGGUCGACGUCAUAUCGAUCUCUAUCGCAUUUUCUGUUCCUCUGUUUCCAGAGAUCGAUAUUCGCGAUGGGAUUGCGGUGGGAGCGUUCCAUGCAGUGGCUAGAGGUAUUCCGGUCGUAUGUGCAGGUGGUAAUGCAGGCCCGGCUGCUCAGACCAUCGUUAACACGGCUCCUUGGAUCUUGACGGUGGCUGCAACCACUCUGGACAGAUCCUUUCCCACUCCGAUCACACUAGGGAACAAUAUAACCAUACUGGGUCAAGAGCUGUACGUCGGUUCAGGGCUUGGCUUCACUCCUCUGGUCUAUCCAGAGAGCCCGUUUUCAGGUGACUGCGAGAAGCUUUCUGCCAAUCCAAACCGGACAAUGGCGGGGAAAGUCGUGUUGUGUUUCACAACAAAGACAGAUCCCAGCGCUGUAAUAAGUGCUGGUAAGGCUGUAAGCGAGGCAGGCGGUCUCGGCGUCAUCGUGGCAAGAAAUCCAGGCCACUUGCUCGUUCCGUGCGUCGAUUUCGCAUGUGCGGCCAUAGAUUACGAGCUUGGGACCGACAUUCUUUUCUACAUACGUUCCACCAAGUCGCCUGUUGUGAAGAUACAGCCUUCAAGAACGCUGGUUGGACCACCCGUUGCAACAAAGGUCGCAACUUUCUCGUCGAGAGGACCUAAUUCGAUCACUCCAGCAAUUCUCAAGCCGGAUAUAUCGGCACCGGGAGUGAACAUAUUGGCAGCUACUUCUCUUAAUGAUUCAUUAGGUGCCGGAGGAUUUGUUCUGAAAUCAGGAACAUCAAUGGCAACUCCAGUUGUUUCGGGAAUCGUAGCUCUCCUUAGAGCUUUACACCCUAAUUGGUCUCCUGCUGCAAUUCGAUCAGCCAUUGUUACUACAGCUUGGAAAACCGAUCCAUCUGGAGAACCGAUCUUCGCGGACGGAUCGAACCGAAAACUAGCUGACCCGUUCGACUACGGAGGAGGCCUUGUCAAUCCAGAGAAAGCCACAGAUCCUGGUCUGGUAUACGACAUGGGCACGUCUGACUAUAUCCACUACAUGUGUUCUGUCGGUUACAAAGAUCCAUCCAUUUCGCUGGUUGUGGGAAAAGCAACCAUUUGCCCACAUCCGAACCCAUCUGUUCUCGAUCUGAACCUGCCGUCGAUCACGAUUCCAGAUCUCAGUGGCGAAGUCACCAUCACAAGAACCGUCACUAACGUUGGACCACGAAACUCGGUCUAUAAGGUCGUGAUCGAUCCUCCAUCGGGCGUCCAUAUGGACGUGAAUCCGAAAACGUUAGUGUUCAACCCUAAAACCGAAAGGGUUUCCUUCACGGUUCGAGUCUCGACCAGUCACAAAGUGAACACUGGAUUCUACUUCGGGAGCUUGACUUGGACAGACUCUGUUCAUAAUGUGGCCAUCCCUGUCUCUGUCAGGACACAGAUUCUGCCACGCUACUACGACGAGAACUGAUGGCGUGUCGGCGUUUCUCCUCAUCCCUUGGAAAAGCUACUGUCCUGA